UAUUGCUGAUUUUAUUGUGCAUUCCUUUUGAUUAACUUAAGCCACUAGAAGCUAAGUAUAAUGAUCAUUAUGAGAAUCGUGAUUUGUACUAACAUACAUCGCCCUAAAAUCCUAUAAUGGGCCAUAGUUCUAUAUCUGUUCUGUAAAUAAUACAUGACAUCUGAGAUUGUUAUUUAGCCUCUCUACUAAUUCUCUGUCUUGCACUUUGUCUUUGUACUUAGGUGUGAAUGUAUGAUGAGGAUAGCAGUGAUAAGCUUAUGUACUUCGUCGACCACUGGCUUGCCCUUGACAAAGUUGAUGGUUCAAUCUGUAGAGGACUACCAGCAGUACGUAAAGGCACCCCUAGCCUGCCAGUGUUACGCUAUGUGGUUGCUGUGACAACAGGAAGUUGGAUGCUGGAGUGGACAGUGCAAAUUUUUAUACUCAAUCUGAUUGGUGUAGAUGGAGAUAUUGGCUUGAGGGAGGGUAUCUCACUGGAGCCAUUUCUAAAAGUUGAUUCCCUUGGCAGCCUGGACAAACUGACAUAUUCAUUGUUGAAGCCGUUUCUGUUGGGAAAAAAAUGAAAAUGAAGUGACCUUCGGCAGUCUUGAUCAGGUAACUACAAAUGUAUAGUUUAAUAUUCCUUUUUGAAAAUAAAGUAAUUAAUGUGAGAAAGUGCUAUGUACAUCACUUUAUUGGUGGAUUCCUUGAGCUAGGUUGGUCUGAUAAGAUUUAAGCAGUAUUCAAGAUGACAAAC